AUGUCGCAAGCCUACGAGCGCGAACAACAAAACGACUCGCGUCUCUCGGACCUCGCCUCCAAAGUGUCCGCGCUGCGCGGCGUCACAAUUGACAUCUACGACAGCGCGCGCGACCAACAUGUCAUCGACAGCACCUCCGAAACAUUCUCCUCCUUCAGCACGUCGCUCAAGGGCAGCGCAGGCCGCCUGACGCGCAUGGCGCAGAGCGGGAACAAAGUGGCGAUAUUCAAGCUCGCAGGCAUGUUGGUUGGCGUGAUUGUGGUGCUGUGGUGGGUUGGCAGUUGGUUUUUCUAGACCCUCCUCGCUUUGGAGCAGGUGUGUAAAUAUUUGGUGGACAUUGAUAUGGGAGCAUAGUAAGGCGUUACUGGGCAGUUUUGAGUUUAGCGGGACAAAUUGUGUAAUUGACG